ACUCGCUCGACUAAGACGAAGAAACGAAAAGCAAACAAGAAGCGCUACGUAUGAUAGUAAGUAAGUAAGUAAGUGGAAGAAGCUAAAGCUUGAAAACAAGGCUUUCUUUUUUCUUCGGAUAUCGAUGUUGUAGUGCUAGUGGAACUCCAGGAAGGAGAAUAGUUCAUACUGUCAACUACAGAAAUUUUGGCAGCGUUUUUCAUCGUAUCCAUCGAAGGAAGAUGCGCAACAGGAAGAUGCGCAGCAGAAUGCUGUCGAAGUUCCUUCUUCUUCCGUCUUGGCCAGCAUGUUGGUCGUGGUAUUCAUCCGCUCCAAGAACUUCGGCACUUGUUGGCUUACUCGUUGGCGUCGCCUCUUCUGCUAAUACCGGAUCAGAAGAUGGGAAAGGCGGGACCACUGACCGUGACGACACGCCACCCGAUCUUUUCAACCACGGACCGCAGCAGUCAGAGUACAAGUACAAUUGCAUUUUGUCUGCUUUCGAGGACGUAUUUGGUAUUAUUUGCAUUUGCUCCGUUUUUUUGCAUUUGCAUUGAUCUUUCAAUAAAAAAAAGUCCGCCAAGGCCAACGGCACGGUGCAUGACGAGAUCGCAAAAAAACAACGUUUUAUUCUCCAGCCAUCGCUCCGAACAACCGGAGGACUCGUACGCCAAUCAGCAGCUUCUGGCCACUCGUAUGCUUGGUCCACGCACGGCACGCGGUAGCAAAAUGAGCGAAAGUAGGCACGAGGAGCAGGACAAAAGCGGGCUUCUAGAAGAAGCUGCUUCGUACUUCUCGGCCAACGGCAAAGAUUUUCUUCAGAUCGGCAGGAGCGGCGACAAUCAGAACGACGCGCCGCCUUUUGCCUCCCGUUCCGGAACGCCGCCGCGCGGGGCCCUGGCUGACAGCGCAUCCGAUGAACACCUCAAACAGGGAGAAUCCGGAGCGAUGAUGGUUGCCGGGACGAGUGGUGCGCAGUCUGAUUCUCCAGGUCGUGGAGGCGAAGUCGAGCUUUCCGUGCAGCAGCAGCUGGCCGAGCUGCGGGCGACCGUGGCGGCGCUAGCAAAGGAAAACGCAGAGUUACGCAACCAUGUCAGAAAAGAAGUGACCGCCAUCCGGUUGCAGGUCGAGCAGGGAUUCGAGGGCGUGCGCGACUUGCUGGCGUGGUUGGAAGUAGUACUCGGGGGCGUGGUCAGCUACAUACUGUGCAGCUUUCGGAUGAAGUACACCUACACCGUAUCCUGAACAAAAACGUCCCCACCCCAGAGUUGUCAUGGUGCAAAUGCGCAACGAUAGAAAUGGAGCAUUUGUCUUGCGCAGUUGCAUGAGACGCAUUUCCAGUUGUGUUUUGAUAUUUAUAAUCCUGUAAACAGGAUGGAUGAGAAAAUGGCUUUCUCAUGCGGCUUUCCUUGCCAACCAGCACUACACUGCAGAGGGAAACUUGUCAUGCGCAGCUCCCAAAAGCAAAACUUGGAGACUUGUUUUGUGUUACUAGAUUCCCACGUUGACUAAGGGGUGGGGACGUUUUUACACAGGACACACCGCGGUUUUCCUCUGCUGCGGGUAUGUCGCAGUGCUGGUCGGCCUCGUGCUCCCCACUCGCCUCGUUUUCUUUCCGCUAGAGUACGUGGAAGAAAGCAACGAAGGCCCGGAAGAUGCGCCCGGACGAGAAGCGGACGACAGCAACGGGGCGGAAGCGUCGCGGCUACGGGACGAAAAGGGGCGGGGGGCGAUGGGCGAGGAGGCGGAAACGAAGUUGCUGCUUCCCUGGAAUUUCGCCUACAUGGGGACCCUCUCUUCCGUCACGCAGCAGCAGGCAAGCGGAGAAGGCAAAAUCUUUACCGCCUGUAUGGUCAUUAACGAGGUCUGCGUGCUGCUGUCCUGCUACACUUCGGUCCUGUACGAUAGACCGGACACGGGCGGGUGGGGUACCAGCGGGACCGAGUACCUCAAUGUUCCGGCAAUUGAGGCGGAUACCGUUGGGAACCAUGCGCUUCGCGCCACGUGGCUGAUUCUGCCGCGCGUCCUGAUGUUGCUGACCGCGACAAUCCCGUCGGCGAGUUUUGAGGACGAGGAGGAGGAAGGUCCCGGGCAUGCGGAUGAGCGCAUGUCCGAAGCCGAACGCCUCACGCACAUGCACGCGAAUCGUGGACGGAAAUACAUGCUGCAGAUUCAUCGAGCAGUUUAUCCUCACAGAAAAAUACAACUAGCGUGCUGCCAGAAAUGUAAAGGAGCAAAGCCAAUUCCUAACACUACGCGUACACAUAAAAAGAACCUGUCAGGAGCGAGCCUAUGGCCCGGUGCUUCGGAUGUGCAAGUAGCGAUGUUCUUUUUUAUUUGUGGUGUGCAGCUGUAAUCUAAAUUUUGUUAUUUUUGCAUUUGCUGAUGCUGUUGCGUUAGGAAUAUCUAUGACAUGCUAGGUGUUUCUUUUCCCUCUCAUACGAUGCUCCUCGCGAUGGCGUUGCUCUUGUUCUUCGAAACGCGGCAGCUUGUAUGGUGCGAAAAGGUGAGCAUUCCACAGGUGCUGUUUGCUUGUACGCCGCUACCUGGUGAGUCCGGUACCGGGUUGGUGCAUGAACAUGACAGAAUCCGGGACAGCCGGUGGCUGUACUUCCCCCGCGCCCUCAGCCUGGUUCUCGGAUGGGUGUUCUGCGUCGUUUUUGCGGUUUUGGCGAACGUGUUGCAGCAUUCGGAUGCUCGGCAGAGAGGUGCGGCGGCCGGUGGCCGGCUGAUGCCGAAAUCCACCAGUCUGUUAUUGCCGCGGUCCGUCUACGUCACGGAAGUGUUGGCCAUGCUAACAGUUUACGGCCUACCGUUUUGGCCGAUGCUGCUCGCUGCUCUAGAAGAUGAGGCACAAGAUGGAUUGGGAUUGCAAGCUGGCGGCAUCGGGAAAGACCCGCUCGGUUCGAUCGGAGACAAUGUAAACAGAUUGUGGGACAUGACCUUUUAUUGGACGCCAAGCUGCGGUACGCAUGCGGACUUGCUCCAGAAAUUUUACAACAGCACCGCCCCGCCAUGCGAUCCUGACAAAAGCUGGUGGGACCUAGACUGGGAAAGCGGUCAUGACCCAGCGUGGCAUGCGCGGUUUAAGGCACGCUUAGGUUUCGAGUAGCGCCAGGCCGCUCGGCGUUUCUUCGUUUCUUUAGCACCGCGCAAAGAAAAAAAACUGCAGGCUGCAAUGAACAGAUGAGGAUUAACAACUCACUUCCUCCACUAAAGUGAAAUGACAUGUAUUUCUCCUCUGCGUCUGUCAUUGAUUUCGCAAUAAGCGACGUGUGGCGAGCAGGCGAUGGUUCUUAUUCCUACAGGCACUCUAAUCGAAGUAGAGC